AUAAUGAUGUUGAAUUCAACUUCAUCUUAUUUCAUUCUUGAAGUGUAUAUAUACGUAGGAACACUGAGACAUUUUUACUUCAUGAUAACUGCUCUGCUUUACUUUGUAAUUAUUAUUGCCAACUCCUCUCUGAUUGUGGUUAUCUGUCUGAACAGAAGCUUACAUGAACCCAUGUACCUGUUUCUGUGCAGCCUGUUUGUAAAUGAACUGUAUGGUAGUACAGGGUUGUUUCCAUUCCUGCUGGUUCAGAUCCUCUCUGACAUUCACACUGUUUCUGUGCCUUUUUGUUUCCUGCAGAUUUAUUGUUUGUACACAUAUGCAAAUAUAGAGUUAUGUAAUUUAGCCGUCAUGUCUUAUGACAGAUACCUCGCUAUCUGUUAUCCUCUACAAUAUAACACACGUAUGACAUCUAACAAAGCAGUUCUCUUUAUCUCUGCAAUAUGGUUGUACUCUCUUGUGAAAGUCUUAAUCACUUUAUCCUUAAACAUCCGGUUGACACUGUGUGGAAACACCAUCAACAGUUUGUAUUGCAGAAACUACCUUAUAGUGAGGUUAGCUUGUUCUGACACUAAAGUGAAUAACAUCUAUGGACUGUUUGGUGUUGUUCUCUCCAUCGUAGUUCCUCUGCUUCCAAUUCUUUUCUCUUACAUGAAGAUUCUUAAAAUGUGUUUUUCUGGUUCUAAACAGACAAGACAGAAAGCUGUCAGUACCUGCACACCUCACCUUGCUUCCCUGUUAAACUUCUCUAUUGGUUGUUUAUUUCAGAUACUUCAGAGCAGAUUUGAUAUGACCAGUGUUUCCAGUGUUGUGCGCAUCAUCCUUUCUCUGUACUUUGUGAUUCUCCAACCACUGUUGAAUCCUGUCAUGUUCGGACUGCAAAUGUCUAAAAUACGAAAUACAUGUAAACAUCUCUUCUGCUAUAAAAUGUUGACUGAACUUGAGCAAGUCCGACAACAGUACUUUGAGUUGUCGAAGAGAGGCGAACAAGGCAACUGCCAGAUGUCAAAGGAGCUCAGAUGCCGGCUCAUUCGAAACACCAUGACCAGUAUGAUUGCAAUCCUGAGGGCAAAGGGGGAUGGAGAAUCACACAGAUACCCAUCAAAGCCAGAAAUUACAGCAGUGGCAAAGAGAAUAGUACUGUACUACCUCAUGCUGCAGGACCAAGGCCUCCAUACAUGGGAAAAAGAAGAUCCCAAAGCCUACCUGAAGAAGCACCCUCUGCCCUGUCCAGUCCUGAUGGUGAUGGAGGAGCUUCAACGCAUUUUGGAUAAGGAUAAUACCAACUUCAUUGAUGAACUGAAGGGAAGAUGGCAUGACUUCUUCCAGAAGGUGCAGUUUUUUGGUGUAUGGAAAAACACGCUGAAACCCCCAAUGGGAAUGGAUAAAGCUGAACAGGCUCUUGAGAUCCUACGUGUGCUGCCAUCACUGUUCCCCUCCACAUCUGCUCCUCCAAAGAGGGUACGAGAUGCAAGUGAGGCUCUGGUGCAUGUCCUUGAGGAAAAAGAAGACCCCAAUUCCUACUUGAAGAAACGCCCUCUCUCCUGCCCAGUCCUGAUUGUCAGUCUGUCCAACUGCCUCCUAGCAGUAGGAGAUGUGCCAAUAACCACCUUUCCAAAAGACAACCUUACCGAGAGUGCUUUAUACCUUAUGGCCUACUAUUAUGCCCUACACCUGACUUAUCCAAAGUGUGUAGCCACUCUGCUUUCAGUCAUACAGACGGAGGUCCUCUUAGACAAAAUCCAUGAGAAAGAUCUCACAUCGUCUUACAAGAAGAGCAUGGCUGAGUGGAAAGCUUUUAUUGGCCAAUAA